GUCAACUUUAUUCAGUUGAUUAUUUUCUGUACACCAAAAUGGUCGAUAUGCGAUUGAAUUUGCUCGUAAUUUCAAUAUUUUGUGUUGGUUUGAUAUCUACUUUUACAAUACGGGAAGAGACCCCCAGUCCAAGAGCCAUACAAUUUGCGCAUUCUGCUAACCACAAGUUUCAGUAUGAAUUGGAUGAUUUGAAAAGUGUAUUGCUGGCUGAUAAUAUUAAAGAUCGACAAAUUGUUAUCGUUUCGGUGGCUGGAGCUUUUCGGAAAGGAAAAAGUUUUUUAUUGAAUUUCUUUUUGCGUUACUUAUAUGCUCGGUAUCAAAAACACGAUGUGUCCGACUGGAUUGGUGAAGAAAAUAACACCAAACUCACUGGAUUCGCUUGGCGAGGUGGUAGAAAUCGUACUACGUCAGGAAUUGUUAUUUGGUCGGAUAUAUUCACGCAUGACUAUGAAAAUGGUGAUAAGGUGGCUGUAAUUUUACUCGAUACACAGGGAACAUUUGACAGACAAAGUUCUUUACUUGAGUCAACAACAAUUUUUGCUCUGAGUACACUGCUCUCGUCUGUGCAAUGUUACAAUAUCAUGCAAAAUAUCCAGGAAGAUGAUCUGCAGCACCUGGAACUAUUCGUUGAAUAUUCCCGACUGGCAUCCGAGCAAUCUGAUGAAAAACCAUUCCAGCAUCUGCUAUUCAUAGUGCGAGAUUGGCAGAAUCAAUUUGAAGUAGAUUAUGGUUGGAAUGGACAACAAGUGAUAGAUGAAGUUCUCGCUGAACAUCCUACUUAUCAAACUACCGAUAUGCGUCAAUUGAGGCAACGUAUCCGAUCGAGUUUUGUCAAUAUUACAGCGUUCUUAUUGCCAUAUCCAGGCAGCAUUGUUGCGACUGGCCGAUUCACGGGAGACAUAAAAGAACUCGAUUCUGAUUUCAAAACGUAUCUAAAAGUCCUCGUUCCAUCACUUCUCGCACCAGAGAACCUUGUAGUCAAAACCAUUAACGGACAGAAAAUACGCGCUUGUGAAAUGGUUCAAUACAUUGAACAAUACACCAAGUUGUUCAAUGGAGAAUAUUUGCCGGAACCAAAGACGUUGCUUCAGGCAACAGCUGAAGUCAACAACAUGCUUUUGUACAAUCAGUCGUUGCACGAAUAUCUGAACGUAAUGGAUGGACACUUUGGAAAUGACAUUGCGGAUGGCACAUAUUACAGAAAUAUCUCCACCAUUCACCAACACGCUAAAGAUAAAGCAAUUGAACAGUUUCAGUCACAGCGAAAGUUGGGCAGCAUUGAGUUGAUUGCUAAGUUUCAACACGCACUGAGUAACGAGAUCAACUUAAAGUUUGAAAAAUUUGAAACUAUAAAUGAGAAAGUCCGCUCGGCGCAUGUUGAGGAAGCAAAGUAUUACAAUGACAGGCUGGUAAACAAUAUUGAUCACUAUUACCGUACAAAUAUGUAUGCAAUGGCGAAUGGUAUAUCGGAAUACAAUUUUAAUGAACAUUCUGACCGAUUGAGGAAUUCUGCCAUGAAAGAAUUCGAUGCAUUGAAAAUGGGUGACGACCUUGAUAACGAUUUGUCCGCCAGGUUUAGGAUAAAACUCAAGCAGAAUUUGGACACAUCCUUCUUAAUUGUGAGAAGUUCAAACGAAAAUAAGAGACGAGAAAAUCAAACUCCAUGUAAAGUUGGUGGUGGUGCUGCAGCCGGAGCUGGUGUAGGAGCAAUAUUUGGUGGCCCAGUCGGAGCUGGAAUCGGUUUUAUUUACGGCAUUUCCUAAUGUAUUUUAUUGACGUCAUCACAUUUUUUCCAUUUAUUUUUUGAUCCUGGGUUAUAAUUUGUAUAUCCUCAUGUUAUUUAAAUAAAAAUAAUAGCG